GAUAUCACGACAUUCUCCCCGGUCACGCAACAACUGCAUUGCAGCAGCAGGAUGAGUGAGAGUCAGGCACAGACGCCUCAGAAACGGUCUGCUCUCGUUCUCUAUGGCUCAGAAACCGGCAAUUCGCAGGAGGUGGCCGAGGAGUUAGGCGCCCUGGUUGAGCGGUUGCAUUUUGUGACUCAUGUUGCUGAAUUGAAUAGCUUCAAGCCGGAUGUUCUGGCAUCUCAUACACUCGUUAUAUUUGUCCUCUCCACGACUGGACAGGGAGAUUUUCCUGCCAAUGCCAGGACGUUCUGGAGAUCAUUGCUUUUGAAAAGACUCCCGCCCACGUAUCUGAGCGGUGCUAAUUUUGCGUCUUUUGGAUUGGGAGAUAGCUCGUAUCCAAAGUUCAAUUGGGCUUCGCGCAAGCUACAUAAGAGGUUACUCCAAUUGGGCGCAAAUGAGGUAUAUCCAUGCGGGGAAGCUGAUCAACAACACCCCGAAGGACUCGAAGGCACCUCUGUUCCAUGGUUGACAGAUUUCCGCAAGCACUUGCUCGACAAAUAUCCGCUUCCUCCAGAACAAAAUCCGAUACCGGAAGAUGUCCAACUGCCGCCCAAAUGGGUUCUACAGAGAAAAGACCAGGACACGUCCACCCAGUCGAUUGCAUCUGAGAAUUUAGAGAAUCAAACAGCAACUGACGAAUAUCCGGGACUUCAUCGUUUGGACCAUGAUCUGCGCCCGCUUCCAGACAGCUUGACAGCAAAGCUCGUUCAGAAUAGACGAGUCACGCCAGAAGGACACUGGCAGGAUGUGAGGCAUAUAUCCUUAGCAGUCCCCAAUCCUAUCUCUUAUGCUCCUGGGGAUAUGAUUUCCAUCACCCCGAAGAACUUCGCCGACGAUGUUCAAACGUUGAUUGAGAGGAUGGGCUGGGAGGAACAGGCAGAUCAACUUGUAUCUCUAGUUCCUGGCGAAAGCCAACGGGCAAUAGACGACAUGCCUGCUCCACCCAUCUCUGAUCUUAAUUCUUACCCACAGUGCACUUUACGUGCGCUUCUUACAGACUACCUGGAUCUCAGGGCAAUUCCCCGACGGUCAUUCUUUUCGGCAAUUGCGCAUUACACGAAUGAUGAAAUGCAUAAGGAACGUUUACUUGAAUUUACCAACCCAAUAUAUUUGGAUGAGUUCUGGGACUAUACUACACGACCGAGACGUAGCAUCAUGGAGGUGCUACACGAGUUCGAUUCGGUCAAGAUUCCGUGGCAACAUGCGACCUCUGUCUUUCCUAUUUUUCGAGGAAGGCAAUUCAGCAUUGCUAGUGGAGGAGAGUUGAAACGGUCAGCUGAUGGCGGAGCUAAAUUCGAACUGCUCAUCGCCAUUGUCAAGUACCAAACAGUGAUUAAGAAGAUCAGAGAGGGUGUAUGCACACGAUACCUUUCGACUCUUCAACCGGGAAGUACCCUGAAAGUGCAGCUACAGCGAGGAGGGCUUAACUCGUCCGUGAAUCAACUAGUAGGACCGACGGUUCUUAUCGGUCCAGGAACCGGAAUUGCGCCCUUGCGAUCUAUGAUCUGGGAGAAAGCGGCUCUGGUUAAAGCAUAUCGGGAAAAGAAUCCCGGAGUCGAACCACCAAUCGGGCCCACCAUCCUUAUAUAUGGUGGCCGCAAUCGGACUGCAGACUAUUUCUUCGAGGACGAGUGGCAAAGACUGAGUGAACUUAUCAAGCUGCAGGUGUUUACUGCCUUUUCCCGCGACCAGCGACAAAAGGUGUAUGUACAAGACGUCAUUAGACAAAACUUUCCCUUGUUCUUCCAGCUCCUGCAUAGCCAACGUGGCUCGGUAUACAUAUGCGGCUCAUCUGGGAGGAUGCCCCAGGCUGUUCGGGAGGCACUGAUUGAAGCAUUUGAGCAUGGAGGAGGAGUGGAAGGACUACAGUUCAACCGACAACAAGCAGAAGAAUAUUUGAUGGGGAUAGAGAAGAUUGGGCGAUACAAGCAGGAAACAUGGUGAUAUAUAUAGAAUAUAUUUCUGCUGGAUCUAAAGAUAAUUCACGGUUUACAUCCUUGUACAUAAUCUUCUGGGUUUGACUUGAUACAAGCACUCUACCGAGGCCCUACCAUAUUGAACUGCUACAUUUUUAUUCAAUUUAAGAAGACCACCUGAAGCAUUACUGUCGACACGAACUGUGAGACCGAGCCCGG